CCUUGUUUGUGGGUGCAUUUCCUGUCCUGCAAGUGCACCGCGCCUUGGGGCUGGGACGCUCGGCUGUCUGCGCUCCGGGGGCCCGUGCCGAGAUGGGGCGCGAAGAGGUGGCGCUUCUCCUUCUCUUGUUUCUCAGUGCAGGUCGCGGAGACUCCCUGGACAGCUACGUGAACACGCAGGGGGCGGCGCUGACCACUGGCCACAGGAAGAACGUGGUCGCCAGCAGCAUAGCCGAGUGUGCGGAGAAAUGUGAGCGAGAAACAGAGUUCAUCUGCAGGGCGUUCCAGUAUCACAGCAAAGAGCAACAAUGUGUCCUAAUGGACAAAACCAGAAAGACCGCGGAAGUCUCCAGGAUGAGAGAUGUUGUGCUAUAUGAAAAGAAAAUGUUCCUUUCAGAGUGCAAGACUGGAAAUGGGAAGAACUACCGGGGGACGGUGUCCAAGACGAAAAGUGGGGUGACCUGCCAGAGAUGGAGCGACACUUCCCCGCACAAACCGAAUUUCUCCCCGACCAGCCACCCGUCCCAGGGGCUGGACGAGAACUACUGCCGGAACCCAGACAACGAUGAGAAGGGGCCCUGGUGCUACACCACCGACCCGGCGACCAGAUUCGACUACUGCAACAUCCCCGAGUGUGAAGUCGACUGCAUGCAUUGCAGCGGAGAAAACUACGAGGGCAAGAUUUCCAAGACCAUUUCGGGACUUGAGUGCCAGGCCUGGGGCUCUCAGAGCCCACACACCCACGGCUACCUGCCUUCCAAAUUCCCCAACAAGAACUUGGAGAUGAACUACUGCCGGAACCCGGAUGCGGAGCCCCGGCCCUGGUGCUUUACCACGGACCCCAACAAGCGCUGGGAGUUCUGUGACAUCCCACGCUGCACGACACCCCCACCGCCUUCGGGCCCCACACGUCAGUGUCUGGAGGGAAGAGGUGAAAACUAUCGAGGGACCGUGGCUGUCACCAAGUCCGGGCACACUUGUCAGCGCUGGAGCCAGCAGACCCCGCACAAGCACAACAGGACCCCGGAAAACUUCCCCUGCAAGAACCUGGAGGAGAACUACUGCCGGAACCCCGACAAAGAGUCGGCCCCGUGGUGCUACACGACCAACAGCGAUGUGCGCUGGGAACACUGCAGCAUCCCGUCCUGCAGCUCCUCGCCGGGGUCCGAGGACCAGCUGGAGAGCCCAGUGCCACCGGAGCAGACCCCCGUUGUCCAGGAGUGCUACCAUGGCAACGGGGAGAGUUAUCGAGGCACGUCAUCCACCACCGUCACGGGAAAGAAAUGUCAGUCUUGGUCGUCCAUGACACCACACCGGCAUACGAAAACCCCAGAAAUAUACCCAAAUGCUGGCCUGACAAUGAACUACUGCCGAAAUCCAGACGGUGAUGACAAAGGCCCCUGGUGUUUCACCACCGACCCACGGGUCCGGUGGGAGUUCUGCAACCUGAAAAAGUGCUCGGGAACACAGGAGAGUACCCCAAACACUCCGCCCCAAGCCCAGGUUCCGAGCACUGAGAAUCCUGAAGAAGCAGAUUGCAUAGUGGGGAACGGCAAAGGGUAUCGGGGCAAGAAGGCGACCACGGUUACGGGCACCCAGUGCCAGGCCUGGGACGCGCAGACGCCCCACGUACACAACAUUUUCACCUCGAAGAGCAACCCGCGGGCGGGCCUGGAGAAAAACUACUGCCGCAACCCCGACGGCGACGUCAGCGGCCCCUGGUGCUACACGAUGAACCCGAGGAAACUCUUUGACUACUGUGACAUUCCUCACUGCGAGUCCGCUGCAUUUGACUGCGGGAAGCCCAAGGUGGAGCCGAAGAAAUGCUCCGGGAGGAUCGUGGGUGGCUGUGAGUCCAUCGCACACUCCUGGCCCUGGCAAGUCAGCCUCAGAACAAGGUUCGGACAGCACUUCUGCGGAGGCACCUUGAUCGCCCCCCAGUGGGUGGUCACCGCCGCCCACUGCCUGCAGAGGUCGUCACGGGCUUCGUCGUACAAAGUCAUCCUGGGCGCACACAAAGAGAGUAUUCUCAGGGCGGACGUGCAGGAGAUAGAGGUGGCGAAGCUGUUCCCGGAGCCCAGCCGGGGCGACAUCGCCUUGCUGAAGCUGAGCAGCCCUGCCAUCAUCACCAAUAAGGUGAUCCCAGCUUGUCUGCCGCCCCCAGACUACGUGGUCGCCGGCCGGACGCCGUGCUACAUCACCGGCUGGGGAGAAACCCAUGGCACCGGUGGCGCCGGCGUCCUCAAGGAAGCCCAGGUGCCGGUGAUCGAGAACAAGGUGUGCAACCGCCAGGAGUACCUGAACGGGAGGGUCAGGCCCACCGAGCUCUGCGCGGGGCUCCUGAACACAGAGGAAACCACCGACAGCUGCCAGGGUGACAGCGGAGGGCCUCUGGUCUGCUUCGAGAAGGACAAGUACAUUUUACAAGGAGUCACCUCAUGGGGUCUUGGCUGCGCACGGUUCAAUAAGCCUGGGGUCUACGUCCGGGUCUCCAGGUUUGUCAGCUGGAUGGAAGAUGUAAUGAGGAACAACUAACCGCACAGGAGACCGAGGGAGGCGUCCACGUGUCCGAGGCUCGAACGUGGGCAGGGAAUUGAGCAUGCUCAGAAAAA